CCACACCAUGUCCUUUUCCCACUUUGCCAUUUCCCCCUCGCAUCCACUCCAUCCACCCGCCCGCGCCAUGUCCGCCCUCACCUCCGCAUUCGCAAAGCUCCGCCCCUUCGGACACGGCACCGACGAGGCCGAGGACCGCGGCGAAGCGCUGGGCGGCGACGCCGGACAGGUCGAGGGCCAGCGCGACAUGGUCGCUGGUGGCGGGCACGCUGCGCGCCACACGGCCCUGUGGGACCGGCUGCGCGUGAGCCCCGCGCUGCGCCGCUUCCUCGCCUCCGAGGGCGUGCUGAGCGCGGCCGAAGCCGGCGUCGACCAGCCCGAUGACGCGCUGCCGCCCGCCCUGCGCCAGCUCGUGGCGCGCCCCCAUGCCGUGUGCCCUCCUGAACUCACCGACCGCUCCCACCCCCUGUGCGACUACCUCAUCUCGUCGAGCCACAACACUUACCUCCUCGCGCACCAGUUGUACGGCAAGUCGUGCCCGAGCGGGUAUGAGACGGCGCUGAGCGCGGGCGCGCGCUGCGUCGAGAUCGACGCUUGGGACAACGACAAGGACCCCGCCGAACCCAAGGUCACGCACGGAUUCACCCUCGUCUCGCACAUUCCGUAUCGGCACGUGUGCGAGACGAUCCGGGACGCAAUCGUUGCUGAGGAGGCCAAUAGGAAUGGCGGGGCGCCUGUCUUCAUCUCCCUCGAGAACCACUGCGGGCCCGAAGGCCAGAAGCGGCUCGUCGAGAUCGCGCACGAGGUCUUCGGCGACCGUCUCCUUAACCUCAACCCGCGCGAGGGCACAGUGCACGACCCGCAGCACGUUACGCUCGCCGAGCUCGGCAACAAGGUCUGCUUCAUGGUCGAGUAUUACUUCCCCGGCCAGAAGCCGGACGACGACGACAGCUCAAGCUCGAGCGACAGUGACAGUGACAGCGACAGCGACGACGAGGUGCGGGACGACCGCGCGAAGGCGAAGGAGAUGUACGCUGCGCAGCGCAAGGCGGCGCCGUCAGCCAACAUCAUCCCCGAACUCUCGGCGCUCGGCGUCGUCGUGCAGAGCGUCAAGCCGCCGAACAACUCGUGGUUCGAGAGCAUCCUCGAAAACGCGCCCCACCACCACCUCAUCAACAUCAGCGAGUCUGCGCUCGCUGCCCAUCUCCCCGCCAACACGGAUAAGGUCGCGGCGCACAACGCCAAGCACCUCAUGCGCGUCUACCCGAAGGGCACGCGCAUCUCUUCCAAGAACCUCCACCCCGUGCCCUUCUGGGGCAUCGGCGCGCAGGUGUGCGCCCUCAACUGGCAGACCUUCGGCGCGGCGAUGCAGCUCAACGAAGCCCUGUUUUACGGCACCGACGGCUUCGUCCUCAAGCCCACGUACCGGCGGCACGGGGGCGGGCCGCGGUCGGGGCGCAAGAAGCGCCUCACGCUCCGCGUCGCGGGCGCGACGGACGUCCCGCCCCGCGAGAAGAUGACGCCAUACCUCAGCUGCACGCUCAUCCACCCCGACAAGUUCGGCAAGCCGCCCAAGCGCAAGACGGACGGGUAUGCGCCGCACAAGACGCUCACGUUCCUCAACGGUGCGGACGCGCCGCCCGCCUCCGACCCAGUGUGGGACGAGACGCUGACCUGGGAGUACGAUGACGACGAGAUGGUCUUCCUCCGCAUGCUGCUUAAGAGCGACGACAAGUUUGCGCGCAACCCCGUCGUUGCGGCCGGCGCGGUGCGCCUCCUCUACGCCGUGCCCGGCUGGAGCUUUGUGCGCCUCCUCGACCUCCACGGCCGCGAGACGGCGUGCACCGUGCUUGUCAACAUCAAGAUUGAGGAUGUGUAGGUGAUAGUUGGAGGAGGCAGAAGACCCAUAGACACACACGAUGUAUCAUAGUGCUGAAGAG